UGGUUCUUUAAUGAAGAAACAAGGAUGUCUGCAGUCAGAUUCCUGCUGAAGCUCUGUGUUGCUGCAGGAGAAACUGAUGAAGAAACAAGAUUCUUGACUCUGCUGUCAUCUGUGUGCAGCUACAAAACCUUCCCUUUUGAUGAUAAUUAUCAUGAUGCUUAUGUUCAGAGUGAUUUCCUGCUGGAUCUGUGCUCACAUGUGAAGAACUAUGAGACUCAAACAGGCAGGAGUUUUCUUCCAGCAUUACAGUCAGUUUUCCAGUUACGUGAUGUCUGGAUCAUAGAUCUCUCAGAGAGAAAGAGCUCAGUCCUCCUGGAAGUGUUGAAGCUCCAGACAGAGAAAAAACCAGUCGAGCUGAGUGGAUGUUCAGAUGAAGAGAUUGAUGUGAAGAGUCUCCUUCAGUGUCUGCCACACGUCUCAAAGCUGAGGUUCUGGGACAUUGAUGAUGAAGAAAGAAGGAUGUCUGCAGUCAGAUUCCUGCUGAAGCUCUGUGUUGCUGCAGGAGAAACUGAUGAAGAAACAAGAUUCUUGACUCUGCUCUCAUCUGUGUGCAGCUACAAAACCUUCCCUUUUGAUGAAGAGGAUUAUAAUUAUUAUGAUUAUGAUCAUGCUGAUGUUCAGAGUGAUUUCCUGCUGGAUCUGUGCUCACAUGUGAAGAACUAUGAGACUCAAACAGGCAGGAGUUUUCUCCCAGCAUUACAGUCAGUUUUCCAGUUACGUGAUGAUGUCUGGAGGAUAGAUCUCUCAGAGAGAAAGUGCUCUGUCCUCCUGGAAGUGCUGAAGCUCCAGACAGAGAAGAAAACAGUAAAGCUGAAAAGAUUGUCAGAGAAAGAGAGUGAUGUGAAGAGUUUCCUUCAGUGUCUGCCACACAUCUCAGAGCUGAGGUGAGAACAUCUCUGGCAUCUUACAGUUAUUGUGAAAUAUGAUUUCUGUAUAUGCUGGGACAUGUUUUCUGGUCUUAAUGAGUGUCUUUAGGGGCUCUGUUUGUUUAAGUGUUAGCUACAGAGUGAUGUAUUCUGAUCAUUCACUACAUCAGUUUCUGUGCAGAGUGAGAUAUAGCUGG